AUGUUACGGUUAGGGCAGGUAGCCCGGCCGAAAUCGCUUUUAUAUAUAUUGAUAAUAAUAUUUUACAAUAUAAAAUAUAAUAUAUUUUAUAUUAUAGACACAGGUUUUCAAAAUCACAAUGCUAAUUAUACACGUCACCAUUUUAUAACCAAAGUGUUCGUUUUAUCUUAUAAAUUCGUACGUUAUAAUACCACAUUUUCGGCAAUAAUUAUUUUAGAAACGCCUGAUUAUCGAUUUUUUUUUAUUUAUUCUAUAUAUUAUUAUAAUACAACCAAUAUUAUUUUUUUUAACUUCUUAAUUUUAUUUAUGAUAAACGGUCAAGAUAAUCAAUAUGAAUGCUUAUGUCGACAUGGCACAGAAGCAAAUGCUUUGGGCUUAAUUAACAGACAACCAGAAUAUUUUUGCCUGGUCUCCACUGCAAUAAAAAAUUUGAUAUUAGUCUCAAUAGCAUUCCCUGGCUUCGUAGUCAGUUUCUUAAUAGUCGAUCGGAUUGGAAGAAAGCCGUUACAGUUGUUUGGAUUUGCUGGGACAGCAGUUUGUUUCUUUUUUAUGGCGUUCUUCGAGAGUAUAGUGUUGGACAACGUCCCCUAUACUCUUUGUCGCUGUUUAUGGCCUUUCAAUCUUCUUCCAAACAUGAGGCUAAACACAACUACUUAUAUCAAUGCCGCAGAAACAUAUGUCCCACGAAUUCGUGGGACUUUUAAUGGACUCUCCGCGUCAUCGGGGAAAAUGGGUGCUAUGUUCAAAACAGCUAUUUUCGAACCAUUUUCGUCCAAGUUUGGUCACUUGGCGACGUUCUGUACAUGUGGUGGAUUGAUGAUGAUAGGGUUCUGUUUGUCGUUCAUUGUCCCUGAAGGAAAGGGCAUCGAUAUCUAA